UCAAAACCACGUUGUUACUAGAAGUUUGUUUCAAAUAUUAAAAAUUAUAAUAAUUCUCAUUUUAUUUAUAUCGGUUUUACCGUUGGAUCCUGAAAAAUGUUUAAAAUACCAGAUUGGGAAGAGGAUAUUCCUACAAGCCAAUCAAAGUUCAAUAAACCAGCCCCGAAAGAAAAAAAUAAACUUAAGAAAACUAAAACACCUCCAAGUGUAAAACAAAAUGACAUUAAAAAACCAAACUUUAAGUCUAAGAAAAAAUUGCAUACAAAUCCAAGGAAAAUAGUUAAUCAUGUGAAACAAUCAAAAAUAGCAGCAAAUAACAUUUCAAAACCUAAGUUAAUAAAAAAUAAUACUGAAAACGAAGCAACAAUAAAACCUGUAGAAGAAGUGAUAGAACAAAUUGUAAAUAAAAAACCAAAACCUAAUAAAAUCAAAAAUGCUCCAAAAAAUGAAGAAAGCUGUACGAAAAAUAAAAAUUACUAUGACACAGAUAAUUUAGACGAAUUAAUACUUAACGAGAAAAAGAAAGAACUAAACAAAAUCAAUAAUGACGAUGUUGAAAAGAUGUUUCAUGAGGAAUAUUCUGAAGAAAAAAAAAAGAGUACUAGAAAUGAACGAAAGAAACAAUUAAUCAAAUCGAUUUUGCAAAAGGAGACUCACAGAAAUAAUAUAAACGUUAGCAGCAAUCCAUUGAGAGAAAGGAUGUUGGAGAGACUUAAAGCGGCAAAAUUCCGUUUUUUAAAUGAAAAAUUGUACACAACAACUGGAUCAGAGGCACAGAAGCUAUUUGAAGAAGAUCCAACGGCAUUCCAAACCUACCAUGAAGGGUACCAGCAGCAAAUGAAAAAGUGGCCGGUUAAGCCACUAGAUGUUAUCGUUAAACGGAUUCAAAAAAUGCCCAAGAGCUACAAGAUCGCGGACAUGGGGUGCGGCGAGGCGGAGCUGGCGCGGCGCGUGGCGCAGGCCGUGCGCUCGUUCGACCUGGUGGCGCGCUCGGCCGCCGUCGAGGCGUGUGACGUCACGCGCACGCCGCUGUGCGCCGCGCAGCUCGACGCCGCCGUGUACUGCCUGGCGCUCAUGGGCACCGAGCUCACGCGCCACCUGCUCGAGGCCAACCGGGUGCUCCGGCCCGGGGGCCAUCUGCUGAUAGCCGAGGUCGAGAGUCGUUUCGAUAACGUGGACGACUUCGUCCGAGACGUUCAGAGACUGGGAUUCAGUCUUAAGAAACUAGACAAGACACACAAGGUGUUUUUCUUCAUGGAGUUCACGAAGAUACGGGAUCCGCCCGUCAAGAAGUCGAAGCUGCCUAUAUUGAAAUUGAAACCUUGUAUCUAUAAAAAGCGAUAAAUAAAAAUACAUAU